AGACGUGGGUGGUAAGUUAGGGUACACACAGCGCCCCCUGCCGGCGAUGAGCACAGGCUGGGGGCUCCGGCAAGCCAGGAACCAGCAACUGCCACCGUAAAUGCUCCCCAAGCCCAAAGAGCGGUAUCUUCUUCCAAGCGUCCUUGUAUUUAUUUAUCGCUUAUCCACUCAUUUAUUUGAGACAGUGUUAUAUCAGAGGCUGGCCUUGAAGUCGCGCUACAGCCAAAGAUGAUCUUGACCUCGUGAAUCUUCCUUUCUCCACCUCCCAGGGGCUGGGAUGUCAGGCCAGUACCGCCAAACCCAGCUUCAUGUUUCUUUUUAAAACAAACCGUGUCACUCACUCAGGAUCCCCGCAGAACCCACCUUGUCAUUUAGAAGCGGGACGGAAGUGUGGGCUCCCUACUUUGGCUGUUACACGGGAGAUGGGAAAGAUAGCGGGGACUAAUGAACUGGGAGAUGUUCAGGAGGCCUGGGGAAGGUCAUUCAUUCAAGCUGUGCUUGGGAGAGCUGACUUCUCCCCAUCCGGAAGGCUCCAGAAACCAAGACGUGGUCUAUGGUCAUGACCUGUCCACUCACUGACAUUGCAGACAGAGGAGACACUGAGAGAACGAGAAAGAAGUGGGCUUGCUAGCUUUGACCUCCAGGACCCAGUGUCUAAGCAGAAAGGAAGCUUAGACGAUGAAGAAACACAGGAGGAAGGUCUCUGAACCCCUUCCGGAACUUUCCGAGAAGGCCAAAGAGCAGUUGGCUGAGGCAGAGCUACGGAAACUAAGGCAGCAGUUCCGGAAGAUGGUAGACAGCCGAAAGUCUUCCAAUUUCCGCAACCAGCGGAUGAUCGCCAGCCAGUACAAGGAGAUAGAGAAUUUGAAAGCGGAGCAGGCAGAGACCACCUUGCUUCUGAGCCUCGUGAAGUCGCCAAAGAACCUAGACCUCAACCAGAAAAAUUUCACGGAGCUGCGCUUCCUGCUGCAGACCAAGGGGGACUACGAGGCUCUGAUCUCCUCCAUGAAGGUGCUGCUGGGAGAACUGGAUGACAAGAUUGUUCAGAUGGAGAGAAAGAUCACAAACCAGAGACAGAUCUUCUUGAAGACACAAGAGGCCAACAAUCCCCGGAAGCUGCAGAAACAGAUCCACAUUCUGGAGACCAGACUGAACCUGGUCACUGUCCACUUUGACACGAUGUUGACCUCCAAUGCCCAGCUCCGGAAGGAUAUUGAGGAUCUUCUCUUUGAGAAGGCUGCCUACGACCAUGUCUACCAGCAGCUUCAGCGGCGUCUGCAGACACAGAAGAAGACCAUGAAUGUGGCCAUCGAGCAGUCUACCCAGGCCUAUGAGCAGAGAGUGGAAGCCAUGGCUCGGAUGGCUGCCAUGAAGGACCGCCAGCAAAAAGACAUCUCUCAGUACAACCUGGAGAUCCGAGAGCUCGAACGCCUGUAUGACCACGAGAACAAACUCAAGUCCUUUCUGCUUGUCAAGCUCAAUGACCGCACGGAAUUCGAGGACCAGGCCAAGAAGCAGGAAGCUGUCAAAAUUAAGAAGCAUGGGAAAAAGAGGAAGGGUGAGAGCUUUGAGAGCUACGAGGUGGCCCAUCUCCGACUGCUAAAGCUGGCUGAGAACGGGGACCUGAACCAGCUCACUGAGGACUUCCUGGCCAAGGAGGAGAAGAAUUUUGCUCGCUUCACCUAUGUCACCGAGCUCAACAAUGACAUGGAGACCAUGCACAAGAGGACCCAGCGGAUCCAGGAUGACAUCAUCAACCUGCGGUCACAGCAGCAGUCCUCCCAUGAGGGCACCCGGAACAUCCUGAAACAGAUGGAGGAGAAACUGAGGAAGACCACCGAGGACACGGACAUUUAUGAGAACAGGUACAGGGAAAUGAGCAAGACCCUGGAGUACCUCAAGAACUCAGUGGAGAAGCUGUUUAAGAAGAUCAACUGCAAUGCCACGGAGAUCCUGGGGAAACUGGGUGAGACUGGGAAGAUCACGGACAGCAACCUUCAGCAGUACUUCGCUAUCAUAGAAAAGAAGACAAAUGACCUCCUGCUUCUGGAGUCUUUCCGGCGCCUGCAGGAGGCAGAGGGGCCCGAUGUUGAUGUCCCACAACCCUUUGUCAACCCCUUCUGGGGGGGCUCUGCCCUCCUCAAGCCCCCAGAGCCCUUAAGGGUUGUGCCGCCUGUGUUUGGGGCAGACUCCUUCAGUGACAAAGUUGAAGAGGUGGAAUACCCUCUGGACCACAGUAGCCUCCGGCAGCUGGUCUUGGAGAACUACCUUCAGAAGGAACGAGGAAAAGAACCACAGGAGACACUGUUGGAGAAGGGGGACGAGAUAAGGGUCAAGAAGAAGGUGAUAAGCUGAACCCCGUGGGUGGCUGUAUUCCACACCGAGAAAAUAAAUGUUUUCUUGCCGA